AUCCGCUCAUUCGAGCGCGACUUUUGAAAACAUGAUUGACUCACGAGAUGCAGAAGAGAUAUGAACGUCACGCUUGUGUGUCAGGAACACUGGACUCAUACAAAACUGCCGUCACUGGAAAGCACCAAAUAUAAUAAUAAAAGGAGAACCACUGUUUUAUAAAGAAGUACUUGCUCUUACACGUAUCUCUGAAUCCCAUAGCUGUGUCUAUUCCAGACAUGGAUAACCCUCCAAAGCCAAUCGCUCUGCUCUUCGGUACAGUUUUCCUGUGGACUCCCAUAUGUGGUUCUGUUAAAAGCAACACACUGCAGGUGGCUGUAUCCUCAGACAUCGAGCUCUGCGGUCUCACAUGUGCCCAGUAUGGGAUUUAUACCCUCGAUCGACUGCCUGACGUCCCCAUUCUGGAUUUCGCUUGUGCAGAUGCUUCUUAUAAGAUAUACGGUGCCUACAGAGAGCGGCUACUCCUGAAUGUCUCCUCCGGCUGCUGCACCAUUAGAGCUGCGCAGAAAAAUGACAGGAGCGAAUAUGAACUGAAAUUCAUGGGAAUGGAUAAGAAACUAAGGCUGGUUCAGCGUACACAGUGUUGGAUUAUGGAGCCAGUCUCUGUGACCAACAUAACAACCAACCGCAGUGGAGAGAAUGUGAGUCUGAGAGUUUCCUACAGUGGGGAAGAGACCACAGUUCUGUGGACAUGGAACGGAGGAGCCCUGCCUGAGAGACACCAGCUGAGUGACAGUAACAAGACUCUCACUGUACCCAGUACUGACACUGGCACAUUCACUGUCCUUGUCUCCAACCCAGUCAGUCACACCAGCACUCACUAUAACCUCACACUCCCAGAUGCAGAAUUUGCCUCUCGAUCUCACGCUGUGGCAGCCGCCAUGAUUAUAGCUGCUGUGUCUUUGGCUUUUGCCGCUGCUAUUUUUAUUUGUUGCCAAACUGCAAGAACAAGUGGGCCAGGAGGGACAAUCAUACAUACAACAUGAACACUUCAAGGGAUGUUUUCAUAUUGAAAUAAAUGUCAAUAAGAUGAUACAGCCUGCCAUUUAGGAACCACCAAACUGAUUAGAUUUUGACUGUUUCCUAAAUUAUUCUGGGCUCGACAUACAACCUAAUGCAGGUAAAAAUUUCAGACUUGUCAUAUCCUAACACUUGGGUAAUAGUCAGGACCAGCAGGUCACAUAUACAAUCAGAUUUAUGAGAGUGUAUGGCCAGAUCUCAGGAAUAUAUAUAGAUAUAUAUAAUAAACAAAAGCCAUGAAUAUCUUGUAAAUUAUAUCCUUAUUAACGGUGAGUUCUGAUGUAAUUUCUGUCACAUGACUUAC